AUGUCAAGGUCGGCGGCUUCUCUGAAGCAAUGGCUGCAGCUGCGCCGGACACUAUCUUCCAAAGCCCCCUCGACCCUUGUCCCUCGUGCGCUGAACCCGCCUCUCUCGACAUCCACUUCCCGCCCGACGACGACGGACAAUGGCACGCUCAAGCCAGCGCGUUCAUUCCAUAGCUCCCGACCACGAAGCGCUGCCAAGAAAACUACUCGUCGUGCACCCUCGGUUAUUGAAAAAGAAAGAACCUUAGAGCGCUCGAAAGGUUAUAUCGGAGAGAAGGGUAAUCUUUUCCUUCGAUCUCCUGUUGGAGGCUUUUUGGACAAGGGAUUGGGCGAAUUCUUGAAACUUCAUGAAGAACUCGCUGAGCCCUAUUACGACAUGUCGAUACGACUUGGUUUCAUCUCGAGGGACAUCACUCUUAAGACUUACAAGGAGGUUGGGCGAAAAUUGGUUACAGCGGCUUUUGAAAGCGCGCCCAAUGCGGCGGCUAUACGGGCUAUUUCGGUUGACGUUGAUACUGUUUUUCGAAUCGGCCACUGCGUGAUGGGGCAAUUCCAUGAAAAGUACCUUAAUGAAUGGACUCUAUCCGCAUGCGGAAUGGCAAAGGCUCGCAUGGCAUUGGUCAUUAUCGUAAAUCGAGCCGCGAAUAAAGAAAAGAUACCACCCCGCUCUGAAUGGGUAGAGGAAAUUAAAAAGCUGGCUGCGCUGGAAUACCCUCCUGCGAUGCUGCUGCAUGCCAAGAUCCUGGGCCAGCGUGGUCAAUAUGAGGACUCCUUUCGCAUCUUCGAGAAGAAAAUUUUCCCUCGGAUUUCUCCCACGCGCUCGGAAGUCCCGAUGUUCGAUAAUAUUCGUGUGGGUGGGAUGGAGUCGCCAUAUCGGUUGUACGCCCUAUAUCGUGCUGCGUACGAUAAGCUCUAUGGCUCAAAGGAAAGUCGGGAGAAGGCAGAUGAGGCGACUCGUAUCGCUGCGCUGGAAUACAAUGAUCCGGACGCAUUGGUUGAGUAUGCCUCGCUCAUGAUGAAUGAGAAUAAUCUCGACAUGUACGAAGAGUGCAUGGUCAAGGCUGCUUCCGGAGGCCAUCAACGUGCCGGCUUCUACCUGGGCAACUUCUACUAUCUUACUUACCAUGGCCAAUAUCCCACCCGUGAGCAGAGGAGCCCCGAUGCUCAAAAGUUGUUUUGGCUGCAACGACUUGCCGAACAGAAUAAAGACGGCUCAGUUUCUAUCCCGAAACGGGUGCUUGGUUGGGCUGCCUCUUUCUUCAACCAGUCUCUGUCCAAAGAUGACUAUCGCCUCUUGGCGGUCUGCUGGUAUGAAAUUGGAGGCUUUCUGGCCCAUCCGGAAUCGCUAUUUAUGCGGGCGCUGUUUAUGCGUGAAGUUGCUGUGUCAGUCGAGGAAAGAGAAGACGCGGCUAUUUACUUCGAAACCGCGGCUGAUCACAUGACAGAUCCGCAAUUGAAGCAGAAGAUUGUGGAGAUUCAGAAUAACUGGUUUGAUCCCUGCUACGAGCCAAGUCUGCCGAAGAAGCUUCUGGCUGUACGAUAG